AUGCCCUCGCGCAGCCAAAGACAGGCAAAGCAAAUCGUGGUUCGCUCGAUCGAACCCGGCAGCCGCCACGCUACGAAGAGCGUGCUUGGCACGCUCACCAAAUUGAACCAAGCCAAACCCGCACACGCAAUCAAGCGUUCGGACUGGGUCCUCGCAUGGAACAAGCCCAAGCAGCGACCGCCGGUGUGCCCGCCGCGAACGGCCCGCCGCAACCCCGGCAGAGACGACGGGGAGACGUGGAUGUCGCCGCACUAUGUGAGCGGGCGUGCGAUGGGCCCGGUCUGGGACGGCGGCGAGAGCGACGACGUCUGGGAGACGGACGUCCGGGAAGAAUGGGCGAGGAAUGACAUAGACGCCGACGGGCAGGAGGGCGUUUGGCGGCACGACAAGUCGCAGGAGAGGCGCGAGGUGCAGCUCAUGGAUAUCGCGAAGCCGAUGAAGCCCAAAGGAGUUCGCAAGGAGUUCGAGUUGAUUGAGCCCGUGAGGAGAGUCAUCGCACUCGAGGAGGAUCAGCUGUCGGAAUGGGCCAGCCAGAUAUCGGACGUUUCCGAGCUGGACGCGCUCGAAUGGGACAUGCUGGAUGAGGAUGACAGCCAAUCGGAAAUGGGGUCGUACGCCAACGUGGUACAGCUGCGUCCCGACUGA